AUGUGGAGCGAGUGGCGCUGGCUCGUGGUCAUACUGAACGCCGUCGCUGCGCUGUCGCCGGUCAUAAAAAUUGGCGCUAUAUUCACUGAAGAGGCCCGGGGAGGCAGUGCGGAGCUCGCUUUUAAGUACGCGGUCUACAGGAUUAAUAAGGAAAGAAGUCUGCUACCCGGAAGUACACUCGUCUACGACAUACAGUACACUACAUCCAGGGACACUUUCAGGACUUAUAAGAAAGCGUGUACCCAGAUCAAGGCAGGUGCAGUAGCUCUGUUGAAUAGCGCAGGACCUCUGCUCGGUGCAACUUUGGGCGCCAUGUGUAGAACGCUGCACGCGCCUCACCUAACUGUUGCUCAUAAUACUGUUGAACUCGCCAACAGAUCAGACUUCUUCACCAUUAACCUGUACCCUUCUCGUGAGCUGAUGGACAGAGCCUUCGCGGAGUUGACAGCUUACCUCAGUUGGACAAGAAUGGGCAUCAUCUACGAAGAUUACGGAUAUGGUGAAGUGAACAUCCUGAACCUGGCACGCGACGGUCGCGACAUGUACACUGUACGAUGCAGCGACGUUAGGGACUACAGACGCGGUCUGCAGCAACUGAAAGCGCAACGGAUAACGCACAUUAUCGUCGACACAGACCCGAAUCAUCUCAGUGAAUUCUCUAGAGCUGUGAGGUAG